AUGCAGAAGUCUGAUAAGGAUACAUCGCAGUAUCCUCCUAAUGCGACUAUUGUCGAGGGUGGAAACCCGCGUCUGUGGGAUGAGCUGAUUACGGUCACCGCGGAGAUCCAGAAUACCGGGAGUGUGGAUGGUGAUGAGGUUGCUCAGCUUUAUCUGGGAAUCCCUGGGGGUCCAGUUCGUCAGCUGCGUGGAUUUGAGAAGAUUUCUAUUGCGUCUGGGCAGAGCAAGACCGUCUCUUUCUCCCUGAAGAGACGCGACUUGAGUAGCUGGGAUGUCAAUGCUCAGCAGUGGGCUUUGCAGGAUGGAGAGUAUAAGCUCUAUGUUGGGCACUCGAGCAGGAACCUCCCUCUCACCUCCUCUUUUUCGAUCUGA